ACAACAAAAAGUACUGUUUUGCAAGAUGCUAUCAUUUCAUGCAAAAAAUGGAGUUAAAGGAUUUUACAGAGCCAGUAAAAAUUUUAGGCUAAACAUGGACCUGGGUAGUUUUAAGAAACUUUAUAGUACAGAGAUAAAAGAACGCAAUCAUAUUAAUUAUGUAGUGAAAGAUAAUGUUGCUGUAGUAACAAUUAAUGAUAAGAACUCAAAAGUUAAUGUUUUGUCACAAAAUGUUAUAGAAGAAACAGUUCAGGUUUUUAAAGAGGUUACACACAAUCCUAAUGUCAGCAGUGUUGUUUUAAUAUCUGGCAAGCCUGAUUGUUUUAUUGCUGGUGCUGAUAUCAAUAUGUUAAAUACUGCAAACUCAUUAGAAAAAGGAACAGCUAUCUCUGUUGAAGGACAAAAAAUAAUGAAUAUGAUUUUUGAUAGCAAAAAACCAGUUGUUGCUGCUAUCAAUGGUUCCUGUCUUGGCGGAGGUCUAGAGGUUGCAUUGGCAUGUCAUUAUAGAAUUGCAGUUGAUAGCCCAAAAACUGGCUUAGGUGUUCCUGAGGUAAUGUUGGGUUUACUACCUGGUGCUGGUGGAACACAGAGGCUUCCCAGAUUGGUUGGUCUACCAACUUCUCUUGACAUGAUGCUGACUGGUAAAACUGUCAAUGCUACUAAAGCAAAAAAACUUGGUUUAGUGCACAGUGUUGUAGAUCAACUGGGUCCUGGAGUCAGCGAUAGCAAAGCAAAUACAAUGCGUUUAUUAGAAGAAGUUGCUGUUAAGGCUGCUAAAGAUUUGGCAUCAGGAAAGCUGCAAGUUUCGCAAAGCAAACCAUGGUUUAGUUUAGCUGGUUUGCAACAUAAUAUCCCAUUAUCAUUUGGACCUUUAAGGGAUUAUGUUUUCAAAAAAGCUAAAGAAACUGUAAUGAAAAAAACACUUGGUUUGUAUCCUGCUCCAUUAAAGAUUCUUAAAGCUACUCAAACUGGUUUAGAAAAAAAUAUUGAAGCCGGAUUUAAAGAAGAAUCCCAGGGUUUUGGAGAACUUACACAGUCAAAAGAAGCUAAAUCAUUGAUGGGAUUAUUUAAUGGUCAAACUGAAUGCAAAAAAAAUAGAUUUGGGGCGCCAAAACAUAAAGUUCAACAUGUUGCUGUUCUUGGUGCUGGUCUUAUGGGUGCUGGCAUUGCUGAAGUUAGUAUUAACAAAGCCCAUCAUAAUGUCAUACUAAAAGAUACUACUACAGAUGGUUUAUCUCGUGGUAUAGAUCAAAUUUACAAAAAUAUUAACUUGAGAGCAAGCAAAAGACAAAUCACUACAUUUGAGCGUGAUGUUAUUAUGUCAAAGCUUCAAACUCAGUUAGAUUAUUCAAAUUUUUCUGAAGCAGAUAUGGUCAUUGAAGCUGUUUUUGAAGAUAUCAAAGUUAAACAUAAAGUUUUACAAGAAGUUGAAAAAGUUAUACCUGAACAUUGUGUCUUUGCAUCAAAUACUUCUGCUAUUCCAAUUGCUGAAAUUGCUUCUGUUAGUAAAAGACCGGAGAAGGUAAUUGGGAUGCAUUACUUUUCACCUGUUGACAAAAUGCCUCUCCUUGAAAUUAUCACUACAGAAAAAACUUCAAAGGAAACAAUUGCUUCUGCUGUUGAUGUUGGUUUAAAACAAGGAAAAACAGUUAUUGUUGUAAAGGAUGGUCCUGGAUUUUAUACAACUCGAAUUCUUAUGCCAACUUUGAUGGAAGCUCUUCAGCUUCUUUCAGAAGGGAUUAACCCACGUGAUCUUGAUCAGCGCUCAAAGAAUUUUGGUUUUCCUGUGGGAUGCGUAACAUUAGUUGACGAGGUUGGAAUUGAUGUUGCUGCACAUAUUGCCAAUCAUUUGGGUAAUAUCUUUAAAGGAAGAAUGGUUGGUGGAAAUAUUCAAAUGCUUAAUGAUAUGGUAGACAGAGGAUUUUUAGGAAGAAAAUCAAAAAAAGGUUUUUACAAGUAUGCAAACAAAAAAGAGGUAAAUGAAGGUGCACUUGAAAUCAUUAAAAAGUAUCAAAAAACACCAGUAACUGGUCUAACAGAUGACGAGACAGCUCUUCGCUUAGUUAGUCGGAUGACAAAUGAAGCUGUUUUGUGUUUAGAAGAAGGAAUUCUCAACAGUCCAGUUGAUGGUGAUAUUGGUGCUGUGUUUGGUUUAGGCUUUCCACCACCACACGGAGGACCCUUUCGGUUCGUAGAUACAUAUGGAGCAGGCAAUCUAGUAAAGUUGAUGGAAAAAUAUCAAAAGCUUAUUGGAGAGUCCCAAUUUAAGCCGGCUCAACUUCUCCUAGAUCAUGCAAAAAAUUCUUCGAAAAAGUUUUAUGUGAAAUAAAAUAAUUUAUUUUGAAUAAAUCAGUGUAAAAAUA